CAUCCUGUGCCGCGCAUUUAUAUCCGUCUCGUUGACUUGUUUAGGUUAAAUAAAUUAAUGACUGCAAUAAACAAAACAUAUUUUGUCCCAAAAUAAAUACAAAUACCAACUCCACACAAUGGAUGUCUUCUUAAUGAUAAGAAGAAAAAAGCUAACGAUUUUCACCGAUGCUAAGGAUACGACCACGGUUUUAGAACUCAAAAAAAUUAUUGAAGGUAUAUUGAAGGUUCCUCCCCAAAACCAGCAACUAUUUAAUAAAGACAAUACAAUUAUGGAAGACUCAAUGCUAUUAUCAGAUUAUGGUCUCACUUCUACAACUGCCAAAGCCCAGAGCCCUGCUACAGUUGGACUUGCUAUAAGAGAUGUUAAAGGCGAUUUUGAACCACUUGACUUAAUACCAUAUUCAGCCCCUCCAGAUCUACCAGAUGUUAUGAAAUCACAAGAAAACAACGGCCAGGAACAAUCGUCUUGAACUAUUUGUAUAUAACCUCAUUUUUUUUUACUUUGUUUUCUUUUCACACAUCGAAUGAUCAAUAUUAAUUUUCCUUUCGUCUUAUCCAAUGUUGGAUCGUUAAAAUUUUUUAAAUUAGAGAUUAUUAUUUUUAGUGCUUUUGAAGUCAUUCAUGUUGAUUCGAGGUGUCAAUAUUAAUAUUUGACUAGUUUUCAAAAUAUUAUUUUUUCAAGUGCCCUUCAGGUAAGAAGAUAUGUGUGUGUUAUUUUGUACAAUUUUUUGGUUAGUGAUAUAUGAUUACGAGAAGGAUUAUUGUUUUUUUUUGUAAAAUACUGAUUUGUACCAUUUAAAAAAUAUUAUUGAUAAUUGUAAUAUGUAGAUGCAUCUGAAAUUUUAAUCUUGCUGAUGGUUUGACAAACAAUGUGUCAUUUAUUUGAAUCAAUUCAUCCAUUUGUGAUAUAAGUCUCUGUUGCCAGUCUUUCAAACUAGUUACACAUGUUUUAACUGCCAACCAUUUACUUUUAUUUAACAAUACACUGCUC